AAAAGAAACCCCAUUCGUUGUUAAUCGUCAUCGCUCGAAGAAGAAGGUUCGCAAAAAUAUAAAAAUUCACAGAAAAUUUGUGUGUGUUCAUGUUACAGGAGCAAGAAAAAUCCAAUAGAAAGGAUAAUUGUGCAAACAUUUUCAUUUUUUUUCCUCAACUAAAGCUUGAGAAACAUUUUGAAGUUCUUCUAAAGCAAGCAAUCGGUCAAAUCGCAACUUGAGACCCGGCGUGAAAAAUCGAAUCGGUGGCAAAAAAGAAGACAAACUGUAAUUUUUGGUAGCACAAAAUUCCCGUGCAGUCAUCAUCAGCAUUAACGAAAGCGAAGGUUGAAACAAGAAGCAGCAGCAGCAGAAGAGAAAUAUAAAAAAGAAGGAAAAAGAAAGACUUAUUUGAAUAUUUGCGAAAAAUCGUGGCCCCUCUCCAAGUGGCGAGCAAGUCAUAGGUAAUAAAACGCCACUACCGCCAAAAAUGGGAAUCCCAGAGGCCCAGUUAAAAGCCAAGCUGCUCAUUGACCCACCAAAUGAAUUGCGCUUUCGUGGUCCUUUCACCAAACCCGUCAUAAAUACAUUACAACUCACGAAUCCUUCGGAUAAUGAUAUUCUAUUCAAAAUCAAAACAACCGCUCCAAAACGUUACUGUGUACGUCCAAAUUUUGGCUGUGUUAAGGGACAUGAAACGACUUCCGUUGAAAUCUGCUUACAGCAAUUCAAUUUUGAUCCCUUUGAAAAGAACAAACACAAGUUUAUGGUUCAAAGUGUUGUCUGUCCCCUUAUUGAAGAUGAACCCAUUGGAUAUUUUGACAUUUGGAAGGAGUUGCCACCGGAAAAUUUUAUGGAUGCCAAACUAAAGUGUGUCUUUGAAAUGCCAAAUGAAGAUGAAGAUGAACAGCCAUCAGCUGCAGUAAAGGUCGUUAAAAAUGAGACAUCGGCAUCACCUCCUCAAGUCAAAAACGAAGAAAAGCAAAUUCCAAGUAUGGAUAAUUUGGAUCGAUCUGAAUAUUCGGUGACGAAAGAACUCAGAGAAUUACGCGAGGAAAACAGUAAAUUGAGAAAAGAGAAUAUUAAUGUGAAGGAACAAGUCCUCCGAUUGCGAUCGAUAAUACCCAAGCAAUCAGACAUGGAAUUCUAUAAUCCAGCUAGGGCUGAAAAGCAAAUCCCCAUGUUCUUUAUAGCGAUCACUAUAGCUGCUGUUAUUUUUGGUAUUCUAUUCGGCAAAUUCUUACUCUGAACAUCUUAAGCAACAGCAAACAAAACAAACAAACAACAACAACAACAAAAUGUUAUGUUUUUCUUUUUGUCUUGCUAGCAGUUCAAGAAUAAAGCUGCAUAUUAUAAUUCAUGAAAAACAAAAAGAGAAAAAACUCAACAAAAACAAUAACAAGAAACUAAAAAAAAUGCAAAAAAUUGCGAAAAAAGAAGAAAACAAAAAACACAACAGCAACAAAAAAGAGAGAUGAGAACUUAAGCAAAACAAAAAAAAAAGGAAUUCUUAAGUAAAAUCAAGCAGCAAUUAUUAAAUGAAAGAAUGUUAGUUAAAACAAAUAUAAGGGAAAAAAUUCUCAUUAUUCAUUUAAAAUGCAAUCAAAUCACAACAACACAUUGCUGUUUAUGUGUAAAAAAAAAAAAUAUUGUAAUUUUUUCCAUCAUGUUUUUUUUGGAAUUUUCCAAAGGCAUUAUUUUUGUUGAAAAGCGUUUGUUUUUUCUUUUAAGUUUUACUAGGGCUCUUCUCAUACUUAAGCCAUGGAAAUUGCUGCCGCCUCAUUUAUAUGUUGUUUCUUCUUAGAAGCUCUCUACCUCCAUUUUUCACGACGAUACAUUUCCUUUAUUCCAGGUUUCUUUCAUGUUUGUUUUUUAUGAUUUUUCUUUGGUUAAUGCGCGCAUUUAUUAGUUAUUCAGUUCUAAAGGCCAAUAAAAACAAAACUAAACUUGAGCUUAAAAACUAAGACAAAGAAAAUAAGAAAAAAAAUUCUACUAGCAGAGUC